CGAGCACCUCUCAUUUCUUCAGCGAAGCACUUACUGGCCGGUGCACCAACUACCUGCUAAUGUGCAGUUGCCAGGUACAGGAUGGGUCCGAGUUUGCAAGAGAGAGACCCGCUUCAGCGCUGAAGAAGUGCGCAUCCAAAGAGCAGAUUAGAAAUAAAGCAUCUGGGACAGGCGGAUCAGUUCCCAGCUCUAAGAAGGGGAAGGCCAACCAGAAGCAUGUUGCACCUCGUCAGGGCAAGGACCCAGCACAGGCUGAGCGGGGGACCCAGAAGAGAGGGAACAGGGCCAAACCUGUGAACACCUCAUUCGCAGAGAGCUCCCCACUGCUACCUGGAGGCAGAGCUUGGACACCUAGAGCGACAGAGCUGAAGCAGGGUGUAUCCGCCUCCACGGGGAGCAAUAGGGGGAGAAACAACGAGGAAAGCACUGGAGAGUCACCUGGCUCAGACAGGAAUAGGCCCAAAAUGUCUCUUCCGCUGGCCCCCGGUGCCUCUGAACCUGGCCCUUUGCUGACGGAGAGGCAGCAGGUCCCCAGUAUCGAGACCCUGCAGCUGUACGAGGGAGAGGCAGAGGAGGCAGACAGCGCCAGCGACCUCUCGGACUCUGAGAGGCUCCAAGUGCCUCCCUCCCCCUGUUCGCCUCCUCAACUCCACCUGCGGGCCGAGGUCAUCGACCCCAAUGACCUUGAGCCCCAUUUCCCAGGACCCCGGGGGAACCAGAGUGGCUACAGCUACCCAGACUCCCUGCCCCCUCCCUUCAACACCUGGAGCCUGCGGCAGCUGGCUCUGUUCCUGAACACGGAGGGGCGAUGCGCUCAUCGUCCGCAGCCUGUGGGCCAGCUGGAGAAGUACUUGGAGCGCCUCCUGCAGCUGGAGUGGCUGCAGAUCCAAACCGUUGAGGAGGAGAACGGAAAAACAACCACCCCUGCCUCUGCCACUGCCACUGCCCCCGCAAGCCGCCCCAGACCCCACACAGCACCUGCUUGGUACCUGAGCUCACCCAAGAGCAUUCGGCAGUGCCAGCGUGCCUUCCCAACUGCCUUCCUGUCCUGUCUGGGGAACGGUUCCACCCCCCGGCUCUCCCGGGCGGCUUGCCCUCACUGCCAGGUCCGCUACCCCUUCUGUAACGGCUCCUGCCUCUCAUACGCAUACCAGCGCCACUCCCGGCUCAAGCCAGUCCAGCAGCGGGGUGGAGGUUCGGAGGCUGCACAGAAGAGGUGCAGCAGUGAGACGAGGGCUGCAGUUAACAGGGGGAAGGGGGCCCAGACGCAGGGGCAGAAACCAGGGAGCCCUUCCCCGCCGAACAGCCACCUGAGGCGCAUGCAGUCGACCGGCAAUAUCAGGAACCUGAUACUGGUGGCAGGCACCACUGCAAAGCCACAGUCUGCACCGAGGAAUGGCAGUGUUGGGUCCGCAGCUGGCAGGAACAGAAGACAGAGGGGGCCUGCGGCUGGGAAGGGGGGUGAUGUGGAAAGUGGGGUCCUCUUGGGCACUCGUGGGAAUGUGCGUGAGGGGAGUCCCCUGAGAAAAGGCGGCAGUGAGAGGCAGAGGGCCUCAGUAGGGGUGGCGGGCCAGGAUAUCAAACCAGGAUGUUCGUCAGUGGGGGGGAAGGAACCUCCUCCUGGGUCAAAGGGCCCCCCCCCGUGCCAAAUCCAACGGGAAAGUGAAACGUGUCCAGUUCCUUACUAUGCAGCCGCUUACCAAAAGAUCAGGAUUCCUUCUGCACCCAACAACUUGAAGAAAAUGUUUCAAGGAUGUGUUCAUUAGCAACUGUGCUCAUUUUCAGUGCUGUCUCUGAAACUGCGCAAUUCAAACUAUUUAAAAUGCUUUUAUUAAUGUGCUAAAGCCACAUGUGGUCAAUCAAGCCUAGAUUUACAGUACAGCAAUUGUGAUUUGUAUCUUUUAUGUAGCGAGAAAAACACACCAGAUCGUAUUUUUUAGGGGAGUACAAAUACAAGCACUGCAUUUAAAUGUCUUUUUGAGAAGUUAAAUAAUUUUCUAGAUACAGUGACUAUUUCAAUUCUUGUUAUGAUGAAGUCUUAUUUAAGCAGUUAGUGUAGCAUGUAAACUAUUAGCUGCCAGUUUAGUUUUUAGCAGUGAAAUACAAUUAGUUCCCCCUUGGUUUGUGACUGAAGGGUGUUAAUAGGAUCAACUAAAAGUAUUUUGAUAUUGUGUUUAUUAGAUGGAUUAGGUAGUGUGUUUGUGGUUUGUAUAAGAAUAUAUAUAUUUGCAUUGUCCUUUUGAAAUGUUUUUGUUUUUUGUAAAUAGCAUCUCUACAGAACGUACAGAAUGGACUGUAUUUGUGCUUUAUAAAGUUUUCAUUAACUUUUCUGAAAAACAGGCUUCAGAAUACCAGUUGUAAUAGACGUGUAGUUUUAACAAAGCAAAAAUAAGAAGAAUCUAUUUUGUUGUGUCAUGUAUGUUUGUAAACUUAGUAAAGUCAUAUUUCAGGAAUGGAAAUUGCCCUCAGUGUAUAGCUAUAAUUAUUUUUUAACUCAUUGUUCUUAACUGUCGAAGAACUGAAAGAUAUAAAUUGUGAUAGGAAAUAUAUAUUUUGAUGUGUACUAUAAAAUAUUUUGUUGAAAAUGUUACGAUGAGUAUUCAGGAAGCCUGAUUUUGUCUUUUUAGAGGGUUGAGAAUAUGACUGAAAGAUGUACUUUUAUAUUAAUUGUUCAGGCAAGAAAUAAUCUCGUUGUGUGUCUUUCAUACCCAGUGUGAGACUUCUGGUUUAUUGCAAUAGGUGCUUUUUUUACAUUUUCAGUAUCUUUUAUUUAAUUAAU